AGGCAGACGUCCGUGAGUGCAUUGUCGCUAAAUUCGAACUGUUCACAUCAGUUGCAACAACUUGUAUCUCUUUUGAUAUCCGUACGUAUUUGCACUUCUAGGAAAAUAAUUUUAUAAUGAGCAAGAAAGAAACGCAGGCGUGUGAAGUGACGGAGAAUCGCUUUCGUACCAUUUUAAUGUUCCUGCGAAUGGCAGGCGUCCCAAUCAACAUGAAGAAAGUGUCCAUACCAAACACAAUCUACAACGUUUUGAUAGCAAUCAAUUGUUACGCGAUGUAUCUCGCAUUUUAUAUGGAUAUCAUCAUACACAACGAUGAUUUGAAAAAUUUUAUGAAGACUUUUCGAGUAGUGAAUGCGAGUUCAAUAUUAUAUUGGUUCCACCUUAAUUUAAGCUGGCGUUUACGUGAUUUUGAGCGUCUGCUUCGUCUCACGGAAUCCUUCACAUGGGAAGACCAACCGACCAGAGAUCCUCACACCGGACACCGUACUUUCGCGGGGUGGAUACCGCACAUUCAGAAAGUUUUGAAAUACGCCUACGCAUUCACAACUUUAAUCCAUCUAGUACAAUCAGGAGUACGGAUAUAUGCAUCCCAUGAUUUGAUCUUCAGCGCCACGUACCCUUUUGACACUGUCAGCAGUCCGGGAUACGAACUCGUAAUCGUCAUGCAGAUAUUUGCAUCAAACUUCUACAUGGGCAUUGUAUUCGGCUCCCAACUCUUAUAUGCUACGCUGGUUAUGGUGGCGUGCAGUCAGCUGCAGAAGCUCAGAACGAACCUCUUGGGCAUAAAGCAAGAAUUGGUUCCAACAGGAGCUGACUUUGGCAGUGACGGGGGAGAAGAGCCAGUUUCCAGCUCCGAGGGCGGGUUCUGCCGCAUGCAGACACAACUGAACGAGUGCGUUCGGCACCAUCAAGCCAUACUGCAGUACGUCAUUACUUUCACAGUACACAGCUGGGGAGAUAUAAUCGACUUAACGCAAAUUCUCAUCAUAUAUGCAGUUGCGAUAUCUUACGUCUGUCUAUUCUGCGCACUUGGGACGGAACUCACGCUUCAGGCUGAAAGGGUGAGAGACGCAGCCUGGGGGUGCGACUGGGUGGGAACCCCUGUCCCAUUUCAGCGCUGUCUGGCCUUCAUCAUCGCCACAGCCAACAAGGAGUUCACACUAACAGCCGGGAAAUUUGUUCCGGUGACCAACUCGACCAUGAUGAAUAUACUGAAAGAGUCCAUCUCCCUCUUCAUGUUUCUACUCACCAUGAAGGACAAGAGUGAAGAAGCUGUUACGGGGUAUCCUAUUCACCAUGAAAGACAAGAGUGAAGAAACUCUCACGGAGUAGUCUACUCAGCAUGAAGGACAAGCGUGAAGAAACUGUCACGGAGUAGCCUACUCAGAACAGCAAACUGGAAACUGUGUCCUCUCCGCACUGCAAUAUUUAUUAUAAUCUGUCCCCUAAUACCGAUUUACAAAUUCCACUCUGGCACAACGAAUUGCACAAUCCUUCAGGAAAACUACCAAUUUUGACGAAGUAUAAAAUGGGGUACCUCGCUGUAAGUGACUACUCAGUUUGCAGGUCAUAAUCCAGAACAGUUUGCACUAAAAGUGAAAAGCUCGUUUAUGUCAAACUUCACUUAAUGUAAAGUAGAAAAAUAUGCAACAAAUGUGUUCCACAAAUUACACCUUCAGCAAGAAGAAAUCUACGUUAUUAACUACUCUACAUUAACAUCCUAAUAAUGCACUUUCUUCUCACAAUAUAGAAAACACAGGACAACUUGAUAUUUUAAGCUUUAGAGAAUUAUAUUUACUGCAAUAGAAAUUUGUAUUAACUUUGU